UUCCAUGAUCAAACAAUCUUUGCAAAAAAAUUUCUAUAUUUACAAAAUCUACAUUUGGGCAAAAUUUCACUAUAAAACCAAGCUUAAACUUGAGCAGUAACAUUGUGGAUUUGCAAUAGCACAAAGUGCAGUAGCAGUAGUAGUAAGUAGUAACAAUAACUCUCUCUCUCUUUCUUUCUUUUUUUCUGGUCUUUAUCUUAACUUCAUGCAUAUAUAGCGAAAGUUUUAGUGUGUUGAACUGUCUUUUUAUUUAUCUGUCUGUCUUUUUUUUUUUGCGCUCGGUAACGUUCUUAGCUAUUAAGUGUUACGUUGCCUCUCUCUCAUAUUAAAAAAAAAAAAAAAAAAAAGAAGCCAAGCCAUUUCCCUUUCUUCUCUGCUACGUCUUGGUUGUUUUUGCGAAAACUCUUCUCUUCUCAUAUUGUUUGUUGGUGUAAACAGGAGAAAAAAAGGGAAUGUUAUCUGAAAUGAAUGGUAUAGGUUGGAUGGAUGGUAAGGACGAUGAAGGAAAUGAUACUUGGCCAGUUCAGCAGAAUAAUAACGGGAACAACGAAAAUCAUCAGAAUGGUGUGAUGGGAAACAAAGAUGAUAUGGAAAUAGGUGCGCUUUCUACGUUCAAAUCCAUGAUGGAGGCUGAAGAUGUACACUGGUACAACAUGAACAGUAACCAAAACAAUAACGGGGGUGGUGGUAACAUCAUGCAGUCUCACCACCAUGACAUCAACAUGUCAUUCGCUCCGAAUUUCAAUGAAGUUGAUAACAACAAUUUGCUUCCUGUUGAUUCAUCAUCGUCUUGUUCUCCGUCUCCUGGUUUCAACAGUCUUGACCCUUCUCAGGUAAACUUUUUCAUGCCACCCAAGUCUACUAUUCCUCCUUUGCUCAGUGGAUUGGACAACAGCUUUGAUUUGGGUGGGUUUCAUGAUUUAAGCUCACACAACCAAAUGGGCCACAACAGUUUAACUUCUUUCCCUCAGUUUGCUUGUUCUAAUAUGCUUCCAAUGCCUCAAGCAACAGGUGGGUUUGGUUCAAUUGGGUUUGGGGUUAAUCCUGGCAACGAGAGCGUUGGCAAUUCGCUGAUUCUUAAUAGGUCUAAGCUGUUAAAGCCUCUUGAUAACUUUGCUUCGAUUGGUGCACAACCAACACUCUUCCAAAAAAGGGCUGCGCUUAGGAAAAAUUUAGGGAAUAUUGGUGGAAAGUUGGGGGUUUUGGGUGCUGAAAUAGGCCAAUCUUCAAGCAACAAGGAAGUGAAUGAAGCGAAUGAAAGGAAGAGGAAAUUCAGUAAUGGUGAUGAUCUUGAUGAUUUGAGUGUUGAUGGUUCAACUCUGAAUUACGAUUCGGAUGAUUUUGUUGAGAACUCAGCUACCAUGGUGGAAGAAAGUACCAAGACUGGUGGAAAUAGUUCAAACACAACUAGCACGGUUACUACCGGAGUUGAUCAGAAAGGGAAGAAGAAAGGACUUCCUGCUAAGAAUCUGAUGGCUGAGCGACGCCGGAGGAAGAAGCUCAAUGACAGGCUUUACAUGCUGAGAUCUGUUGUUCCAAAGAUUAGUAAGAUGGACAGGGCUUCAAUCUUGGGAGAUGCAAUUGAGUACUUAAGGGAGCUUCUACAGACAAUCAAUGACCUGCAUAAUGAGUUGGAGGCCACACCACCUGCCUCUUCUUCAUUAACACAGGCGUCAAGUUUCUACCCCUUGACGCCGACUACACAGGCUCUCCCUGGUAGGAUAAAGGAAGAGCUUUGUGCAAGCUCGUUUGCUAGCCCGCUGUCCAGUCCAACUGGACAACCAGCGAGGGUUGAAGUAAGGGCAAGAGAAGGUAGAGCAGUGAACAUACACAUGUUCUGCUCCCGCAAACCUGGGCUUUUGCUUUCAACAAUGAGGGCUCUGGACAGUCUUGGAUUGGAUGUUCAACAGGCUGUUAUCAGCUGCUUCAAUGGGUUUGCGUUGGAUAUCUUCCGAGCUGAGCAAUCGAACGAAGGUCAAGACAUCCCUCCAGAACAAAUCAAGGCUGUGUUGUUGGACUCUGCUGGCUUCCAUGGUGGAAUGAUUUAAGCUGUUGUGGUUUAUCAAGAGAGGUUCCAUGCAAGAUUUUGGACCUCAGGCUCCCUAGCUUUUGGACCUCUGACUUCCUUUGGUCCUUUUCUAGUUUAUUUAUAUUUUCAUGCUAUUAGCUAGGUUUUAGACCCUUGUGGUCCGGCCUUUCCCGGAAACCCCACACAUAGCGGGAGCUUAGUGCACCGGUGGCCCUUUUCUUUAGCUAGUUGUUAGACCUUUGUGGUCCGGCCUUUCCCGGAAGCCCCGCAUACAGCGGGAGCUUAGUGCACCGGUGGCCCUUUUCUUUAACCAGUUGUAUUCGUAUCUUCUUUAGGAGAAACAUGAGCUUAUGAAGCUCAAAAACUGAAUGCAACGGUAUUCCUUUCAGAA